GAUAGCAUGUCCUCAGGUGCGAAGGAGACACAGGUAAAUAUUUUACUUAUAUUGAUAAAUCAAAGCUACGAGAAGAUUUAACUACGUAAAUUAUAUGUACAUUGAUAACAUACCGUGUCUUCCUCGACCUUUACAUGCGGGUUAACCUCACCUUUCAAAAAGUAUUGGCUCAUCCUCGUGAUGCAUUAAAAGAUAUCUAACCUACCUAACCUGGGUAAGUAAUAUAAUAGUGAAAAGUGGAAACCAGCCCCAGGACCCAAAUUAUCAAAGUCGACACAAUUACGACAUACCGCUACUCGCCAAACCAUAAUCUUCCACUACACACACCAUGGAGCCAAAGCACGUCCUUGAAACCUUGAAUUUCAUUAAGGAAGCCUUCGAAUUGACCUACAAAAGCCGGGACUAUUAUGAAUGUAAAUCAGAACUUAUCGAAGUCAGUGACCUUGACUUCAACAGCGGUGAGCCCGGUGACGGCGAGCAGUUUAUCCGUCCCUUUUCUUAUAGCCGAAUGCAUCAAUUCCUAGAAGAGAUUCGACCUUGGGAUAACCCCGAUGGAUGCCCGUCGAUAUUACCUAUAGAUACCGCGGUAGACGACGCCGCCCAGGCCAGAGACCGACCUAUGGAACAUGAUCAGAUGCCGGGCAUUAUUGAAGGAACGAAAUGGAAAUUGUUGAUUCCCGAAGAAUCGCACCUCCUGUUCCGAUUGUCUCAUCACACUCCCUGGAAUGUCGAAAACUUUAUCGACCAAUGUGACUAUGAAAAGCCACACAUGGGCUGCUACCUGGCAAAUAAUUUACCUUUGAAGGAAAUUGUCCCUUCCAUCAGCGAAACACAGACAAUUUUAUGGGUGACGGGCAGCCGAUUUAUGGAUGAGGGAUACCAGAAUCACAAGGUAGUCCCCGUCACUUUUCUUUCCGGUAGCGGGAGUAGUGUUCGCGUUGUUGGCGGAUAUAUCGACAGAAAAAAGCUCUACAUACGAUUGACACCUAUUGUUGACUUUGUAGAGGGUGAGAAGAAGAAGUGGAAUGAGUUCGUUCAAUAUCUGUGUUGGAUCGUGGGGGAUCCUAUUGGCAAUACUACCUGA